AUGGUGAUGCCGUUCUAUGCGCUCAUGAUUUCCAAGCCAAACAGUCGAGUGACUCGAAAUUUGAUGGAGAGUAAACUCCUGUGGUUGAUUUUAGGGGUUUUAUAUAUCGUCGCGGCGUAUUUGAGUUUGAACAGCGAAGAUGUCGUUCGAGCCAUUCUCAACGCGUUUACUCAACAACAAGGUGGUAAUACCGCUGUCUCUGCCGCGGCAGCGGCAGGGACCAGUGCCGAACCUUUCAUCUCGCGAUGUUUAACGCUCUUUUCAAAUUUCAUGUCGACCCCGGAAACCGCGUGCGCGUCAUGGCUGCACUUGAUUUCUUUAGACGUAUUUUUAGCGAGAGGCGUUUUCUUAGACGCCAUGGAAUGGGGAACGCCGUGUAGACACUCGGUACUGUUGUGUUGCAUGUUUGGCCCGCUGGGUGUACUGGCGCACGCGUUUACUAGAUAUGCUCACAGAACAAUCGAUUCGAUGUUUGCGUGA